CCCUCUGCUUUGUCGUUGUGUUUACAAGAAUCUCUUUAAACAGCAUCCAAACAGUGCUUGAUGAGUUGGAAGUAGAACAAACUCGAAAUUCCGUGUUCGAAACGCAACUUCCGCUUGCACAAACUCGCCGAAAAACCAAAUCCGAAAUGAUUAUCAGGGAAGCUGUGGUGUUAUUCGUUUUGGCUUUCGCCGCCUUCGCCUUACCACAAUCCGAAGAAAAGAAAGACAGGGUGUUUGAUAGGGAGUUGAGCGACAAGGAGCACUUCGAGAACGAGCACCACAACCCCCAGUAUGACCACGAGGCGUUCCUGGGGGAAGAGGCCAAGACUUUCGACCAGUUGCCCCCGGAAGAGAGCAAACGGCGGUUGGGUUUAAUCGUCGAUAAAAUCGAUAACAAUAACGACGGCUACGUGUCCCGGGAGGAACUCAAAGACUGGAUUCGCUACACCCAGAAGCGCUACAUUAACGAAGACGUGGAGCGUCAAUGGAAGCAACACAACCCAGAGAACCAAGAAACCAUCUCCUGGGACCGCUACCAGAAGCUCGUUUACGGCUUUCUGGACUCCAUGGACCCCGCUGAAGCGGAAAAAGACAGUGAAGGCUUCUCCUAUAAGCAAAUGUUGAAGAGAGAUAGAAGACGGUGGUCCGUGGCCGACUCCAACGGUGACGACGCCCUCACGAAAGAAGAGUUCACCCAUUUCCUCCACCCGGAAGAGUCGGAACACAUGAAGGACAUCGUGGUACAGGAGACCAUGGAGGAUAUUGAUAAAGACAACGACGGGAGGAUCUCCCUCAAGGAGUACAUUGGGGAUAUGUACAAAGGGGAGGACGAUGAAGAAGAACCCGAAUGGGUGAAUAACGAACGGGAGCAGUUCGCCACCUACAGAGACCGAGACGGCGACGGGUUCAUGGACAACGAGGAAGUCAAGAAUUGGAUUUUGCCCCCGGAUUUCGACCACGCUGAAGCGGAGUCAAGACAUUUGAUCUACGAGGCGGAUUCCGAUGCCGACGAGCAAUUAACCAAGGACGAAAUUUUGAGCAAGUAUGACUUGUUCGUGGGGUCGCAGGCCACCGAUUUCGGGGAGGCGCUAGCCAGACAUGACGAGUUUUAACGUGUAGGGGCGCCGCAGGGGCCAGUCUUCCUAAUUUACCAAAAAAUCUCAAAGAUGCUGCUUAGUUAAUUUAGGUAUUUUUAUUUUGUCUUUUGUUUGUUAGAUUCGAGUUAGAGGAUGUAUAAGUGUACUGAUUUAGUCUGUAUUCCAGUGUACUAAAAUUUAUUCAUUGUGUAAUGAGAUUAUGUGUAGGUGUUGUAUUCAUGUGCCAUUCCAUUGGCCAAAGCAUUUACUAAUUUAGGUCAAUUAAGUUAGGUCGUCGGCAUCGGUUCUAAGGCCUGUGGAUACUUAAUGAAUCUUUGGUGCUCACAUCGUUAUUUUUAUAUACCAUGUUCCCACUUAACAAUAAAAAGUUUCAUUUA